GGGGCGGGGCCUCGGCGGCUGGUUGCGCGUGUCCGCCGCUGGCUCCGCUCUAUCCGGCUUUGCUAGGGGAGGUGAGUCCGGCCGCGGCGGCACCGGCGCCUGAGGAGGCGGCGGCUGAAGAGAAAGCGGCUGCAGCGACUGAGGAGAAAGCGGCCGCGAGGACGGAAGCUGGGUGGGGGGGAGGGGGGGAGACGGAGCAGCCUUGAGCCCUGCGGGGGCCGUCGUGCAGGGGGGACCCACCCGCUCUCCCCCCCAACCCUUCUAGCAGAAGCAGCCGGCGGCGGGGGUAGGAGUCAGCCCGGUUCCGACUGCACCCCGCCCUCCUCCCGGGGCUGCUAUUUUUUGGCCCCGGGAUCCUAACCUCAUCCCAGGGCGGUUCCCUCUGUCUGACCGUCCGAGUGCUGCCCACCUCUCUUUCAUUCCUCCCUGUACCUCCUUACCUUCACUUUGCCCUGGUUCUCUUUCUCCUCUCUGUCCUGCCCUGUCUCCUCCUCUGCUCGCUCUGUCGCUCCUGCCUCCUUCCCUGGCUCUUUUCUGUUCGGGAAAGUUUAGUACUCAACCGCCCCCCCUCCCCCCCACUUCCAAUCAGGUCAACCUGAGCAGGAGUAGGGGGAGAUGUAGGGAGGCCUGAGAGUUCGAGUGGGGGGAGCCGGUUUCCCAGAAAAUUUCCCCCCAUCUUUUUAAUUUGGGUUGGUUGGAAUUUUUUUAAAUUGUAUUUUUGAGGAGGUGGUAGUGUUUAGAAAAGGAUGUGGGAAUGGAAGGGGUAGAUGAGUCAACCCUCUUACAAGAUUCCAAGGGUGGUGUGUUACCUGAUCCUUUUCGUGUCUGGAGUUCAGGGGGUCGGGAGGUUUGGCCUUUAUUCCCACAUUCAAAGUUGGAACCUCCCCCAAAUUAAGGAUGGAGUUUUAGUAAUCACUUGUGGCAGGAAACCUGGGGGGAAGGGGUCCCUUUUUCCUUUUCCUUUUUCUUUUUCGUUUUAUUUUUUUGGCAACCCACACCCUUCCACACACGCACACCCCAAAUUUAAACACCAAGAUCCUCUAACUUGUUUGGAUUGACUGAUGAAGACAUAAAGCCAGUUACGCUCCAUGUUUUUGGAGGUGGAGUGAGUGGUUUUUCUUCAUUUUUAAAUGGCCAAAUGACAGCUUGACCUAGUUUGCUUUCCAAUCAAAGAGCAUUUUUUUUUGAAUGUCUCUUUGUGGCGCAAGAGCCAACGCAAAAAUGAUGGCGGCUUACAAUGGCGGUACAUCUGCAGCAGCAGCAGGUCACCACCACCACCAUCACCACCACCUUCCACACCUCCCUCCUCCUCACCUUCACCACCACCACCACCCUCAACACCAUCUUCAUCCCGGGUCGGCUGCUGCCGUACACCCUGUACAGCAGCAUACCUCUUCGGCAGCUGCGGCAGCCGCAGCAGCGGCCGCAGCUGCAGCCAUGUUAAACCCUGGGCAACAACAGCCAUAUUUCCCAUCACCGGCACCGGGUCAGGCUCCUGGACCAGCUGCAGCAGCCCCAGCUCAGGUACAGGCUGCCGCAGCUGCUACAGUUAAGGCGCACCAUCAUCAGCACUCGCAUCAUCCACAACAGCAGCUGGAUAUUGAGCCAGAUAGACCUAUUGGAUAUGGAGCCUUUGGUGUUGUCUGGUCAGUAACAGAUCCAAGAGAUGGAAAGAGAGUAGCACUCAAAAAGAUGCCCAACGUCUUCCAGAAUCUGGUCUCUUGCAAAAGGGUCUUCCGGGAAUUGAAGAUGUUGUGUUUCUUUAAACAUGAUAAUGUACUCUCUGCCCUUGACAUACUCCAACCUCCACACAUUGACUAUUUUGAAGAAAUAUAUGUUGUCACAGAAUUGAUGCAGAGUGACCUACAUAAAAUUAUCGUCUCUCCUCAACCACUCAGCUCAGAUCAUGUCAAAGUUUUUCUUUAUCAAAUUUUGCGAGGUUUGAAAUAUCUCCAUUCAGCUGGCAUUUUACAUCGAGACAUUAAGCCAGGGAAUCUCCUUGUGAACAGCAACUGUGUUCUAAAGAUUUGUGAUUUUGGAUUGGCCAGAGUGGAAGAAUUAGAUGAAUCUCGUCAUAUGACUCAGGAAGUUGUAACUCAGUAUUAUCGGGCUCCAGAAAUCCUGAUGGGAAGCCGUCAUUACAGCAAUGCUAUUGACAUCUGGUCUGUUGGAUGUAUCUUUGCAGAACUACUAGGACGAAGAAUACUGUUUCAGGCACAGAGUCCCAUUCAGCAGUUGGAUUUGAUCACGGAUCUCUUGGGCACACCAUCACUGGAAGCAAUGAGGACGGCUUGUGAAGGCGCUAAGGCACACAUACUCAGGGGUCCUCAUAAACAGCCAUCUCUUCCUGUACUUUAUACCCUGUCUAGCCAGGCUACACAUGAAGCUGUUCAUCUCCUUUGCAGGAUGUUGGUCUUUGAUCCAUCCAAAAGAAUAUCCGCUAAGGAUGCCUUAGCCCACCCCUACCUAGAUGAAGGGCGACUACGAUAUCACACAUGUAUGUGUAAAUGUUGCUUUUCCACCUCUACUGGAAGAGUUUAUACCAGUGACUUUGAGCCCGUCACCAAUCCCAAAUUUGAUGACACUUUUGAGAAGAACCUCAGUUCUGUUCGACAGGUUAAAGAAAUUAUUCACCAGUUCAUUCUGGAACAGCAGAAAGGAAACAGAGUGCCUCUCUGCAUCAACCCUCAGUCUGCUGCUUUUAAGAGCUUUAUUAGUUCCACUGUUGCUCAGCCAUCUGAGAUGCCCCCCUCUCCUCUAGUGUGGGAGUGACGGUGGAAGAUAACGUACUACUGAAGAUGUAAUGUAGCUUUCCACUGGAGUCUGGGAUUUGCAAUUCUGGAGGUUAAUCAUGCUUGUACUGUAAUUUUACUAAUGAAGUUUUAAAUUAACAACCACUACUUGUAUGAUAUGAAUAAUAUUUAGAAAUGUUACUAGACUUUUAAUCUUGUAAAGUGGUUGUGCUUUUAGAAGAAAAAUAUUUUACCCAGAGUUGCACAUGUUUUAUGAAUUUAGUGCAGCUGUUAUGGCUCACCUCAGAACAAAAGAGAAUUGAACCAAAUUUGGGAGUUUGGGGUUUUGUGUUUUUUGUUUUUUUUUUUUUCUUUUUUAAAAUGAAGUGAGAUUGUUCACAAACGCGUGCGCACGCACACACACAUACACAGUCAUACAUUUUGAUAUUUGAGCCAUUCCUGAAAAUUAUGGGUUUUCUAAAACGAAAGAAUCUAGAAACCUUGCCUGCCUGCGACCAAUCAUGGAGCCACGUGAGAUGAUCGUGGCUGCACCUGGGGGGGCGGGGGGAGGGGCAUGCCACCUAAUGAUCAAGCCCUAUAAUUAGCUUCUCAUUAGAGCCGUGACGGUGAUGUGUGCUGUCUAAAAUCCAAUGUUGUGGGUAGAGAGAAUGAGUUUGUGACUAGGAGAGACUAAACUUCUGUUUUCCUUACCCAGUAUAAAUAUAUAUAUAUAUAUUUAAUCUAUUUUUAUUAGAAGUUUUUCUGCUCUUUCUUACAUAAAAGAACCCCAAGCAUGCAUCUUUCAUGUAUGUAAAUAAUUCAUUUCUGGGCUAAUUUCAAAAGAAUCCCAACAUUGCUGUAUAGAGAGAACUAGCUUGCACAUUUUAGGUCUGUGAAAUUUUGUGAGACUUUUCCUGCACUGGACAAUAAAAAUAAAUAAUAAAAGAC